AUGCCGGAUCGCAUACAAUCAAGAAAAAAGAGCAAAUCGUCGGCAGAUUUACGAACAAGCUACGAACUUGGUAAUGGAAGAACAGCUUCUGAGAGACGAGCAGAUGAUAUGGAAAAAGUUCGAAGCUCCAACGUCUUGGAUAGAUCAUGCCGAAGUGAAUUAUCGCUUCCAGGGCUGCUCAACAAAAAGCGCUUUUCACUCGCCGACACGAGGUUCUCUUUUCAUUCAAAGUUUCAGUUUACCUAUCAGUACGUUAACGCAUAA